GGGGCCGCCAUGAGCCUGGAGUCCUUGUUCCAGCACAUCCUCUCCUCCGAGCACCGGGCCCAGGAGGGCCGCCGCCUGAUGCGAGAAGUCCGGUCGGAGAUCAGCAGAUGCCGCGACAACAUGAGGAAAGCGGCCGAGGAGCUGAAUGAAGAGAAAAUCAAGCUGGAAUCCAAGGUUCAGCAGUUUUGUGAAAAAUCCUCCCUCUUACAGCUUUUGAAAACUCAUGAAAAUGCCUUAGAAAGACAGUGCAGUGAAAUUAUAAACCACAGGAGUAUGCUUCUCCAAACCUUUGAGGCUACUAAGAAAAAAGUGAUAGAGGAGGAGGAAAAAUUUAUUAAGGAAAUUACGGACUUCAAUAAUGAAUAUGAAAUAACAAAGAAAAGAGAGCUUUUGAUGAAAGAAAAUGUCAAGAUUGAAAUAUCUGACUUAGAAAACCAGGCAAACAUUUUGAAAAAGGAAAUGCAGUCAAUGGAACAUGACAGUGGCCAGUUAAAUGAACUUCAAAAACAAAAGAAUGAAUUAAUGCAGGAACUGUUUACUCUGCAGAGAAAUCUUAAAGUUUUUGAAGAGAAAAAGAAUGAAGCCAUUUGUACUACCAAAUGCCUAGAGGCAGAAAAAAUAAAAAUCAGUGAAAAGCCUCAAAAUGAUGCUGAAUGCUUAAGACUUAAAAAGGAAUUAGAACUUUAUAAGGAAGAGGACAUGCAAAGUGUUUAUGAAGCUCUCCAAACAGAAAUAGAAUUUUUGGAGUUGACAUUGGCACAGAAAGAUCUUCAGGAAAAUAAAUAACGUGUAGAGAAUUGAUGAGCUACCCGAGAUUUGAUCAAAGCAUCUUAGAAGCAAAUUUUUGUGAUAGAUAAUGAAUGAUACUCAUUACAGUAGAUUCUUGUGGAAAAUGUGAGGUUCAGAAUGUUCAAAGUUGUUGAUGUCUAGAAUUGGUUCAGACCAAUACAUAUUUCUGGUCUUAUUACUUGCUGGAACUUGAAGGGUUCUCAUGUGGUUUGAUUUUGUUUCUAAAGGAAG